GUCAGUGCCGCGGCGAAGGCGCUGUUGCUCUUUAUCGAAGUAUAGAAAUGUCUCCAUGUAAAGUUUUGUGUGGACUUAUCUUUGUUUUAUUGGUUUAUGGAAUUCCUUCAGAUGGACAAAAGAAAAAGGAGACACUACUGACAGACAAAGUCGGUCAAAUGAUGGAGUGGGCAACUAAAAGAUCAGUUAUACGAAUGAAUGGGGAGAAGUUCAGACGUUUCGUGAAGACCCCCCCUCGUAAUUACUCAGUGAUUGUGAUGUUCACUGCGCUUCAGCCCCAGAGGCAGUGUGGAGUGUGCAAGCAAGCUGAUGAGGAAUACCAAAUCUUGGCCAAUUCUUGGCGCUACUCCAGUGCUUUCACUAACAAGAUAUUCUUUGCUGCCGUUGACUUUGAUGAGGGGUCAGAUGUUUUUCACAUGUUGAACAUGAAUUCUGCCCCCUCAUUCAUGCACUUUCCAUCGAAAGGAAAGCCAAAGCGUGCCGAUACGUACGAGUUGCAGAUUCGAGGUAUUGCAGCAGAGCAGCUCUCUAGAUGGAUUGCAGACCGGACCGACGUCAAUAUACAACUGAUCAGGCCUUCCAACUAUGCUGGGCCACUGAUGCUGGGCUUAUUGCUGUCAGUCAUUGGAAGCCUCGUGUACCUGAAACGCAACAACCUCGAGUUCCUCCAUAACACAAACGCCUGGGCUUUCGCAGCACUGUGCUUUGUGUUGAUCAUGACCUCAGGUCAAAUGUGGAACCACAUACGCGGACCACCGUACGCUCAUAAGAAUCCCAGUACUGGUCAAGUGAAUUACAUCCAUUCAAGUAGCCAGGCCCAGUUUGUGGCUGAGACCCACAUCGUUCUCCUGUUCAAUGCUGCUGUUACCCUUGGAAUGGUCCUCCUGCAUGAAGCCGCGACAUCCGACAUGGAAGUAGGAAAGAGGAAAAUUAUAUGUGUUGCUGGGAUCGGCCUUGUUGUCCUUUUCUUCAGCUGGCUCCUGUCAAUCUUCAGAGCCAAAUACCAUGGUUAUCCUUACAGCUUCUUGAUGAAUUAAUUGGGACCAGGAAAAAUGAAGACUUGAUGUGUCUGGG